AUGAGCAGAAGGAAACAGACCUUCGUUGUAAGAGAUGAUGCUUCGCAGUCCCAGAAUGACAUGGGUGCACCAUCGCCUAAACGAUCAAAAGAUGCUGCACGAAAGCGACUAGAGAGAGAAAAUGAAAGCGAAGAGCAGACUGCGGCUCGACAUCUCACGAACUCCCGAAGUUAUGCAAAAUCUAGGGAAAACGAAACUGUCCCCGAGACUUUAGCAAGGCUAGAACGGCGGAGAACUAAUCGAAUUAAUGCAGCUGAUCGCAGAAUACAAGCUACUUGCCGAAUGGCAUUAAUCAACGAAAUAGACGAGUCUCAAUUUCCCUUACACAAUAUUGGACAAUUUGAUGUUAUUUGCAAUGACUGCAAUGCUAUUCAUUUUGAAAACGAAAGAGCAGGAGAUGGAAAAUUUACUGUUUGUUGUAAUAAGGGUAAAGUAAAAUUACCCGAAAUUCAGACCAAUGAUUACAUUAAGGGAUUGUUGACAGGAACAGACCCUGAUUCAAAGCACUUUUUUGAUAACAUCCGAUCCUAUAAUAGUGCAUUUGGUUUUGCAUCUGUUGGAGCUCAAAUUAGAGCACCUCCAGGUUUCGGCCCGUACUGCUUUAGAAUCCAUGGUCAAAUAUACCAUAGAACAGGAAGAUUACAUCCUGAAGGGAGUGAACCUAGGAAGUAUGCUCAAAUUUAUAUUCUUGAUCAAGAACAAGCUACUGCCCAGAGAAUGAAUCAACCAGCCAACGCAAGUUGUAAAGAGCGCAUAAUGACAAAAUUAUUUGAUAUAAUGCAGCACAAUGAUCUUGCAAAAGCAUACAAAAUGUUAUAUGAAGUUGAACAGGAGGAGAAAGAUAAGGCAGCUCGCGAAGGACGAGUAGAAAAUCAGAUUUCGAUGGCCAUUUUACAAAACCGAAAUUCUGAUCCAAGGCGAUAUAAUGUCCAACGGAGCAAUGAAGUUGCAGUUAUUUUUAGCAACACAGAUGGAGAACCCCCACUAGAAAGAGAUCUAUUGGUUCACCUAAGAUCAAGAGGACAAAAUGUUCAUGGAACUAAAAGAAUUAGCAUUCUCCAUAAAAAUUUAGAUUCGAUGACAUAUCCAAUUUUUUAUCCUAAUGCGGAACAAGGUUGGGGUGAAGAUUUGACCCUGAUUAAUACUGGCAAUACGAGAAGAAACAAAGCAAGAGUGGCUGAUGAACUUGCAGCCGACUUGGCAAUUUUUAAUCCUGCUGAAGCCCCUGUAGCAACUAAUAAGCGGAAACGUGUAACUUUGAAAAUGUAUUAUUCGUAUUUAUUCUCGAUUAGAAAUCAGUUUAGUCCGAUUCUAAGCGGCGGAAAACUAACUCAACAAUAUUUUGUUGAUGCAUAUGUGAAAGCAGAGGCUAACGAUUUAAAUUAUAUCAGACACCAUCAAGGUGAUCUACGAGCUGAUUCAUAUUCAUCAUUAAUAGAUCAUGUUUCUGAAGCUCAUGAUGCAAUACCUGGAAAAAGAAUUAUUUUGCCCUCAACAUUUGAAGGGAGCCCGAGAAAUAUGAAUCAAAAAUACCAAGAUGCAAUGACUAUUGUUCGCAAGUUUGGGAAACCGGAGGAUUUGUUUGUCACAAUGACUUGCAAUCCGAAAUGGGAUGAGAUAGUUCAAAAUUUAAGAACCGGAGAGCGAGCAGAAAAUAGACCCGAUUUAGUAGCUAGAGUGUUUAAACUCAAACUGAAAGAACUUCUUGAUGAUUUGAUCGAAAAACAAGUCUUUGGUACAGUUUUGGCUAAAGUGCAUGUUAUCGAAUUUCAGAAACGAGGUUUACCUCAUGCUCACAUUUUGAUUAUCUUGAAACUGGAAGAUAAACCUAGAACAGCGACGUUGAUUGACAAAAUUGUUAAAGCAGAAAUUCCCAAUAAAGAUACACAUCCACGACUAUUUGAGGUUGUGACAAAAAAUAUGAUUCAUGGCCCGUGCAAUAAGCCAGGAUCUAGAUCACCAUGUUUAAUAACUAGACUUAAACCUAAAUGUUGUAAAGGAUUUCCAAAGCCUUUCCAAUCAGAAACACAAAACAAUGUCAAUGGUUAUCCAGCAUAUCAAAGACAAAAUUUAGGUACCGUGGUACUCGACAACCAAACUGAAAUUAAUAACAGCUGGGUUGUCCCUUACAACCCUUAUUUAAGUUUGAAAUACAAUUGUCAUGUUAACGUGGAAGUGUGUGCAUCUAUAAAAAGUGUUAAAUACCUCUUUAAAUAUGCCUACAAAGGACAUGAUUGUGCUAAUGCACAAAUAAGUAUCGAUGAAGUACAGACGCAUGUCGAUUCAAGAUACGUCAGCCCACCUGAAGCGGCCUGA